UGGUGUCAAACUUCCACAAAUUUCUUGUCAUAGAUGAUACAUUAUAUGUUUCUUGUUUUUCUGCAUUUUUCUGGUUGGCCCUUGUUUUCUUUUUGUGAUGAUGUUCUAUCUUCCAACACCUCAAAAUUAAACUUUGAACUUAAAAAUGGAGGUGUUCAACAAGUUCUACUCUUCCGUCAGCAAUACAGUGUCACAGUUGUCAGGUGUUUUACCAGGAAACCCUGUGACAAGGGAGUUCGAAGCUACACAAUACAUUGCGAGCGCAGGCCCUGGUUUAUUAUGGAAAGUAUAUAAAGGUUACAAAAAGUCGACAAAACAAGAGGCAUCUGUAUUUGUGUUUGAGAAGAAACAACUAGACAGAUGGACAAAAGGGGACAAAGAUAUCAUGAUAGACAUCCUUAAACGUGGCAUCAUACAGCUGACAAAGUUGAAACACCCACAGAUUCUCACCGUCCAACACAGCUUAGAGGAGAGCAGGGAAAGCUUGGCAUUUGCAACUGAACCGGUGUUUGCAAGCUUGGCCAACGUACUUGGCAACACAGAAAACAUGCCUCAACCUAUACCAAGCAACUUGGUCAAUUAUAAAUUAUAUGAUGUCGAAAUUAAAUAUGGUUUGAUGCAAAUUGCUGAGGGAUUAGCAUUUCUCCACAAUGAUGUCAAACUUUUACACCACAAUAUAUGUCCGGAGUCUAUUGUCGUAAACCAGCAAGGUGCUUGGAAGAUAUUUGGCUUUGAUUUCUGUAUUGCCAAUCAAAGUGUGACGGGUUCUGCACCAUUUUGGCCAUUCAAUGAGUACUGUCAGGCGAUGCAUGCAUUGACACAGCCUGCAUUAGAUUAUUUAGCUCCAGAAUAUAUUCUAUCGGCCACACACUCUCCUGCAAGUGAUAUAUAUUCACUUGGUAUGGUCAUCUAUGCAUUGCACAGUACAGGUCACCAACCUUUAGGUAAUAUCGGCAAUGAUUACACAAAAUUCAAGAGGUUUGCAAAUGAAAUGAGGAAUCUGCCUCCUUCUAGAUUACUCUGUGUUAAUGAUGAUCUGAGAGAAUAUGUGAAACUCAUGCUAAAUGCUACUCCCGAGUUGAGACCUGAUCCACAUCAGUUUUUAAAGAUUGCAUACUUUGAGGAUGUUGGUGUGAAAACGUUGAAUUAUUUAGAUUCACUAUUCCAAUGGGACAAUUUACAAAAAUCACAGUUUUACAAGGGCCUGCCACAGAUCAUACAGAAAAUGCCUCACAGGAUAUGCAUCUACAGAAUACUCCCGUGUCUCACAAAAGAGUUUGUCAAUCCACCGAUGGUUCCAUUUGUCCUACCAAAUGUUUUAUUGAUAGCCGAGAACUCUACAAAGGAAGAAUAUGUUAAAUAUAUUCUCCCAGUUUUAAAACCUGUGAUGCUUAUACAAGAUCCAAUACAAAUAUUGUUGAUAUUUAUGCAAAAAAUGGAAUUGCUCUUGAAAUUGACUCCUGGAGAUGAAGUCAAGAGUGAUAUCCUGCCCAUGCUGUAUCGAGCGUUAGAAUCCGAUGCCCAACAAAUACAGGAGCUUUGUCUAUCCGUUUUGCCAACGUUUGCCUCGCUAAUAGAUUACCCGGCUAUGAAAAACGCGUUGUUACCGCGUAUAAAGAAGCUAUGUCUGAGUACGAACUAUAUUUCCGUGCGGGUUAAUUGUUUGUUGUGUUUGGGCAAACUGUUGGAGCAUUUGGACAAAUGGUUGGUGUUGGACGAGAUUAUUCCGUUCUUACCACAAAUACCGUCCAGGGAGCCAGCAGUAUUAAUGGGAAUUUUAGGCAUCUACAAGCUAACUCUGAGUCACAAGAAGUUAGGCAUAACUAAAGAGGUGAUGGCGACGAAGGUUCUGCCGUUCCUGAUCCCGCUGUGUGUGGAGAACGGGCUCACACUGAACCAGUUCAACGCUCUCAUCUCGCUCGUGAAGCACAUGAUCUCCAAGGUGGAAUCCCAGCAUCGGACCAAGUUGGAACAGCUGAAUUCCAUACAGAAUGAAUCCAAGGUAAUGGAGCACGCACUCACGACAUCGGAGAACCUGGUCUCCGCGCCUACUCCUCAGAACGCCAUAGACAAUAUGUUCUCUGGCCUCGGCAUAGACCCAUUCGCCUUCAACAGCAAACCAGAGAGAGUAGAACAGAGCGUGCCUGUCGCUGAGAGUGGGUCUUUAAGCAUGGAGGAGAAACAGAGGAUAGCGCAACAGCAGGAAACCGCCCGCAAGUUUUCACGACAGCCGCCACCUAAAGCUAUCACGACCCCUUCAAUACAACCCCCUCCACAACCCAAGCCCGUAGACCUAACAAGUUCACUACUCCAGACAAAUCUCAGCCAACUCACAACAAAAACACAGCCAAUGGCCAACAACACACAACCAACGACCAAGCCAAUGCCCAACUAUAGUCUAAACCUUGGGAAUUCCCCCGCCUAUCAAAGUCCCAUGCCUUUUGACAAUCAACUAGCAUUGCCACCAAACACAGGUUGGAAUAGUCCAAGCAGUAAUUUUACAAGUCCAAGCGGUAAUUUUACAAGUCCGAGCGGUAAUUUUACAAGUCCAAGCGGUAAUUUUACAAGUUCAAGCGGUAAUUUUACAAGUCCAAGCGGUAAUUUUACGAGUCCGAGCGGUAACUUCAACAACAAAUGGGCAAAUAAUCAAAACCAAACAAAUAUUAAGCAAGAUUGGUCAGCAUUCGAAUCUCUCUUACCUACACAAGGUCAAAGUAAUAACAAUAAUGAAAUUAAAAAGUUAAGCGACAGCGAAAUGAUGGAUUUGUUAAGUUAGAAUACACAUCCAAUUAAUUAAAAAAAUAACUAAUAAUAAUAAUAAAUUUAUUUUCGACUUAUUAUAGAAAAAAUAAAGAUAAUCUUUCGUUUUACAGAGCGAUAUUUCCCUUUUAUUUAAAUUUAUGAACGAUAUUUAUUUUUCCCAAGUAUAUCCUAUAAGUGCAAAACUUACAGUUCAAACACAGUGUAGCCCUGUUGCAAUUAAAAAAUAUGGGGUCCACUACUAUCGUAUCUAAACUGGUUAGGUUUUAUCAAGUAAAAAUAUUAAAUAUAUACAAAAACUAAGCUACUUUUACAUCAGCUCUUUUUACUUUUCAAAAUUUUCCAAGUUCUAAGCGUUAGCGAUCGUAGAAAGAGAAUAGACGUGCCACUUGGCUAUGGAGGCUUAUGUCGCAGCCGCAAUUGACCAAGACCAAGACAAAAGCCUUGUAUUCUGUGGCGUAACUUUUGCGAAACAUUUAUCUGUAGGGGUGUACUGAUCAUGAGGGCUUCUGUUCAACUAGGUUCUUUUUACCCAAGACAGUACUGAUAUGGUUUGGCAAACCAAUGUUGCCAUUUAUCUCCAAAACUACUAGUCCGAUUUUGGUGCGGUAUUCAGUGAUGGGAUCGGUUCGGGUUUAAUUGGUGCAUUUACGGCGACAACUCACCGCUAAACUAAAAAAUUGUCGGUGACUCAUUUAUGUACAUUUUGUGCUAGUUAUAUUUUUAGCUUCGCUAUAGAAAUAAUCGAUGUGAUUUUUAUUUAAUUCGAACAUUCCUAUUACAUUAGUUUUUUUUUAUAAAUUAAGAUUCUAUUUUUAAGGAGAUGAAUUUAUGUAGGGUAUAAACACACUCGUAUGUAUAAAAACUUAUUUAUUCAUAAUUAAUUAUUAUUAUUAAAUGUUGCGAAUAUGAAUGAAAUAAGUAGGAAUUUUCAUUUUCCAUUUUUUAUUUACAUAAAAUGUAUUUAAUAAUUAUUACCUAUACUUAAAAUGUAACUUAGAUGUAAAUAAUAUUUCAUUUUCACAACAUUACUGUCCAGAUAAUGAAAUUAUGGAAUCAAUGAAAAUGUGCUUUUUUUAUUAUAAAACUUUUUAUGACUCGACAAAAUAUGUGGUAAAUAAACAGUGAGAUGUAAUUACUUUUAGAGAAGUUAUAAUUAAACAUACGGGCACGCGAGUACUCCUGUAAGGGUUCCGUUUUUGUUCUCGGACGUUUAGAACCCUGAAAAGACAGUAACAUGUCCCAUCUAUUUACAAUUUACUUCCGAUUCAUUCCCGAUUUCCAUAAAAAUGGCAUUAAAAUGACUCGAAACACAUUAUAUUUUUCACAACUGAACGUAUACGGGGUUCUUAAUAAUAAGCUGGUUUAUGUAAGGUGGUGUGGAUCGAUCGAUCUACUGGAAUGGAUAAUGUGAUGGGAGUUAUAUUAACGAUCAACCUCCUGGGUUGCUACUUCAAUUUUAAUGUGCCUAAUAGCCUAUAUCCAAUAAGAAAAUAGAUUUAGGUAAUAUUAUUAAGAAAAUAACAUAGACCACACCACAUACAAACCCACAUAUGAACCCGUGCUUUAAAUCUCUUGACAACUUACAUCUCUAGAUAACUUACAUCUCACUGGUAAUAAAUCGUUAUAUCAUAUACGGUGUACUGAAUUAUUAUGAUUUUUAUUUAUUAUACUUACUCAUAAUUUAAGUACAUGUCUUAUUUAUUUUAAAAAUAAUAAAAGUUUAUUUGUCUGCAAUCAAA